AAAAAAUACUCAACAUCCUAAUGAUUUCUGGCAUUAAAAGAAGAAUCUAUAAUUUUGUUGGCUGUUGCUACAAAUAUGACUGGUUUUGUGGUCCAGUGUCACAUAUAUGUUACAAAUGAACGUGUCAGAUCUGCGUAACACCCAAUGCAAUAGCAAAAGUGCCUAUUAAAAGACACAAACAAAGCGUACAGGCGACACGUAAUAUCCCCGUCCUCCCCUCGAUCUCCAUCCGCUCGCGGAGAACUGAGAGGAAUUCCACGACCUCAUUGCAUAUUUAUACCCGAGUGGGCGUGGCUUCGCGGCUAGGCUCAGCCAAUGGCGUUGCAACGGCGGGGCGAAGGCGUUUCGGUCUUGUUCGGAAGAGAAGUUCUCUAACAGCGCGAGCCCAGCACUGCUCAGAAAAGACAGAUAGAGAAUCAGGCGGCUGCAAAGGGUGGCAGUACGACCCUCUUUUGGGGGGGUCUGAUUAUAACAAAAUAUAUACACACAUAUAUGCAUGCCCAGGGCCGCAAGAUAGGUCAUAUGCCGAUUGUAGAUAUUUUAGCAAACAUCUAGAGGUCUAUCUAUACAUUUCAAAAUGCCUAUUUUACUUUUUCUGAUAGACACGUCCGCUUCUAUGAAUCAGCGCACUUAUUUGGGUACGACGUAUCUGGACAUUGCUAAAGGCGCGGUUGAGAUCUUUAUGAAGCUGCGUGCCCGAGACCCGGCUAGUAGAGGCGACAGGUACAUGCUAGUUACAUUCGAUGAUCCACCAUACGGCGUAAAGGCGGGUUGGAAAGAGAAUCAUGCCACAUUCAUGAGCGAGCUGAAGAACCUGCAGGCAUCUGGACUGACUACACUGGGUCACGCGCUCCGCGCCGCCUUCGACCUGCUCAAUCUCAACAGACUAGUCUCUGGCAUUGACAACUAUGGUCAGGGUCGGAACCCGUUUUUUCUGGAACCAUCGGUCAUUAUUACAAUCACAGAUGGAAACAAAUUGACACACAGCUCUGGGGUGGCUGAGGAGCUACACCUGCCUCUGAAUUCCCCGUUGCCGGGUAGUGAGCUGACCAAGGAGCCGUUCCGCUGGGACCAGCGACUCUUUGCCCUGGUGCUGCGGCUGCCAGGAGUGGCCGUGCCCGACAGCGAGCAGCUGGGCAGCGUGCCCACUGAUGAGUCUGCUAUCACCCAGAUGUGUGAGGUCACUGGAGGCCGCUCUUACUGUGUGAGGACGCAAAGAAUGCUGAACCAGUGUCUCGAGUCUCUUGUCCAAAAGGUUUUGAGUGGAGUUGUAAUACACUUUGAGAAGAGCGGCCCCGAUCCACCUGCGAUAGGCGAAGAUGGUCUUGUGGAUCCAGCUCGUCCUUUAUCGUCCUUCAGUCCGCAGCCCUGGCACAGCUGCCACAAGCUCAUUUACGUCCGGCCCAACCCCAAGACGGGCGUUCCUGUGGGUCACUGGCCAAUCCCAGAAUCCUUCUGGCCUGACCAGAACUCCCCCACUUUGCCUCCACGAUCUUCCCACCCUCUGGUGCGGUUUUCCUGUAUCGACUGUGAGCCGAUGGUUAUUGACAAGCUGCCUUUUGACAAAUAUGAGCUGGAGCCGUCACCGCUCACCCAGUUCAUCUUGGAGAGAAAAUCUCCUCACAUGUGUUGGCAGGUGUUUGUGAACUGCAGCGGCAAACACAGUGAUUUAGCACAUCCGUUCGGCUACCUGAAGGCCAGCACUACGCUCACCUGUGUCAACCUCUUCGUCAUGCCUUACAACUAUCCCGUCCUUUUGCCACUCCUCGAUGAUUUGUUUAAAGUGCACAAGCUAAAGCCAAACCUCAAGUGGCGGCAGGCCUUUGAAAUGUACCUGAAGUCCAUGCCUCCUUACUUUCUCUUGCCUCUCAAGAAGGCGCUGAGGAUGAUGGGAGCCCCAAAUCUCAUCUCUGACAACAUGGAUUGUGGCUUGAGCUACAGUGUCAUUUCCUACCUAAAAAAACUCAGCCAGCAGGCGAAGAUUGAGUCAGACCGUCUGAUUGUGUCUGUCGGGAAGAAGCCUCCUCAAGAGACGGGCAUCAAGGUUAAGAACCACUCGAGUACCCUGUCUCUGGCACACCGCCGCGAUUUCAAGCAGCUCCUGCAGGGCAUCACAGGCGAGGUGCCCCUCCGACUCAUCGACAUGAACUUCAAAGAAAUCGCUGGUUUCCAGAUUGCACUUCUCAACAAGGAUUUGAAGCCCCAGGCCUAUAGGAAUGCUUAUGAUAUUCCACGACGGAACCUUCUAGAUCAAGUGACUCGGAUGCGUUCAAAUCUUUUAAGGACAACACAGAAGCUAAUCAGAGGCCAGGAUGAUGACUACUUGCACAGUAUUCCAGUGGGGCAGAUGGGAAAUUAUCAGGAGUAUCUGAAGAUGAUGCCAUCACCUCUGCGUGAGAUUGAUCCAGACCAACCUAAACGAUUGCACACAUUUGGCAACCCAUUCAAGCAGGACAAGAAGGGAAUGAUGAUCGAUGAAGCAGAUGAGUUUGUGACAGGCCCACAAAAUAAGAAGCGGGGUAAUGCUGGCGAUCUUAACUCAGGCACUGCCCUGAAGAGAAGGAGGAGUAUGUCCCCUCUGCUGCGUCGACCCCAAACUCCUCCAAUAAUAACCAAUCAUGUCCUCAGCAAGGGCCCCACAGGGACUCAGGGCCAGCAAGGAAUCAUCAAACCCAUCCCACUACACAAAGGAGCUGAGGGAAACAGUGUUGGAGGCACAGAAAGCAAUGGGGAGCGAGCGCCAGGCGGGGAGGCUGGAGACGGGUGGCCUGGAGGAGUGGAUGGAGUGGGAGAAGGACCUGCACCUGUGGAGGACAGAGGAGAUGUGGAGACACCAGAUGGUGAGGAGGAGGGAAUAGGUCUGGAGAACUGUCUGGAUGAGAGACCCUCUGAUCUCACACAAAACUUUGAGGACCUGAGUCCUCCAGGCCAGGAGGGGGAGGUGGAGGGCAAUGGAGGAGACACUCCGGCACAGGGCACAAUUGUUAUGAUUCCCCUGGAGGGGAGUAAUGCGGAGCUGCGCACUCGAGUCCUCAAAGAAGUCCGCAAGCCUGGCCGCAAUUAUGAGGCAAUAUUCAGGUUACUGGAGGAGGUGAAGGGGCCAGUGUCAGUGCAGAGGUACUUUAUUCAUCAUGCCAUCAAAGAGGCAGCCAGGUUUAAGAAGCGCAUGCUGAUCCAGCAGCUGGAGACCGCUCUGGAGGAGAUCGAAGACCGACAGAAGCUGCCCACACAACUCAACAACGUCCACAGCAGAUAGUGGGACGUCACAUCUCAGCGCUGAGAGACACACGAGACGACAGAGCGUGCCAACUGAGCACACGGGCCGACCCAUCAGCCUCAGUACUGUGCUUUAGGAAGAGAUGUAGCGAGGGAGAGAGUAAAUUAGAGAGGAAUGGAGGCCUGUCUGGCUCACGCGCCGGUCCAGGCGCUUCCAGUUACAGAAUUGUGUCACAACUCUGAAAGAGUGCUCACAAUGGAGAGAGGGGCGUUCCAGGUUUGACGGGGGAGUUCUGUCAAUUUGCAGGCUUUCCAGGCCUGAAAGUGGCCGUAAUGUAACCAUAAGAUAAUGAAUAAUGAAUAAGCACACUCCAGAAAAGCCAAGCCUCAUCCACUGUGUGAUUUUUACAGGGUCAUCCGAGGCAGAAGUCAGCGUCUGUCACGUGAAGUAUGUUUUAUAUAUUAUGUCUAUGUGUCCACUGUUAUUUGGCAUCAAUGGAUAGUUCAGAGCUGAUAAUGGUAUGGAAAAUCUAUGAUGGAUUUGUGUUUGCAUGAAAUGCCCACAAGUCAUGGGGUUAACAACACAGUUGGACCUUUAAAGCAGUCUGGAUUGGGAACGACACUAUUGUAGACUCAAUAGCAAUAACCCUACAAUCGUCAGUACGCCAAGCUCAAUUUUACUCCUUAACUAUGAAAAGCGCGUUUUUACAGUUAAAGCAGAUUUUUCAGAAGAACAUCCUUAUGACUUUGGAGAUUUGGUAGCUGGCCUGUUGUUGUAUUCGUGGUGAUAUAUAAUGUCACAUAGAUUAGCGUCAUUCAGUGUCCAAUAAGCAAUAGUGUCCAAUGAAACACCCUGUCCAAAAAGAACAACACGCUUGGCUCAUCACACAAAUGAGAAAUGCCAACUAUGGUGUGAAAUGGACUGGUCCACAGCAGGGUUUUGAUUCUGUCCAGUAUGACAUCUUUCUUCAUCCUACGCUUCUCAUUGGGGAGAAGUCGCAAGACUGCUUAGUUUCAUUGCACAGACGCAAGUUACAUUAGUGACCCCAUUCUUGUUUGUUUUGUUCAUUUUUAAAAACAGAUGUAUACUACUUUUUAUUGUUCAUAAAUAAUAAUAUAGAUUAUUUUUGGAUGGUAUUGCUACAAGAACAUAAAAAUAUUUUAAGAAUUGUAUAAAACAUUUUUUAAACUGAUAUUAUAUAGACAAAGUUUUAUGAUUUUUUUAUGAAAACAAUGAAAAAUAAUAAAAAAUUACAAAGGAAAUGUUUGAAUCAUUGUGUAAUUUUAUAU